CAAAAACACACACACAAAGUUGCCCCAGUGAGCCGUGUCGACACCCGAAGGCAUUGGCAGUUUCAAUUUCGACGUGUUGCCAGUCACAUCGUGAGCGCUUCCAAAUUUAACUUCAACAAAAACCCAACAAAAAACGAAAACCCUUCGAAAUGAGUGCUGUGGAUGCCAUUAUCAAUUAUAAACGCAGUCCCAACGAGGACUUUUAUGCUCUGCUCCACUGCGAUGAAACCUCAUCGCCCGAGCAAAUUCAGGCCGAGUACAAGGCGCUGGCUCUGCAGUAUCAUCCAGACAAGAACAGCGGCGACAAGGAUGCCGAGGCCAAGUUCCAGCAGCUAAAGGAGGCCAAGGAAACGCUGUGCGAUCCGGAAAAGCGCGCCGUCUACGAUAAGUGGCGCAACAGCGGCAUCUCAAUGAGCUACAAGCAAUGGCUGGGCAUGAAGGAGCACGUCGGCCAGGUGAGAAGAUACACAAUUGCCGAGAAAGUGGAUAAAGAGUCCAUGCAUUGGGCCACACCCAAGACCAAGGAUCGCAUGCUGCCCGAAACCGGAGCCGGCGCUGGUCCAACUGGCGCUGGCUGCAGCAGCGGCGGUUUGACAGCCGCCUCGCCCAAUCCCGCCCAUCGUCGGGCCUCGGAGGGCGGGGCUGCUCUGUACUAUGGCAACCGCAAGGCCGAGUGGGGCACCGAGAACACAGAUGUGGCCAAUAAAUUUCGCAAUUACGAGAUCUAAGCUGUAAAAUGUUGGUGGACGAGGGAGGGGAGGAGAAAUGGCUAAGGGCAGAAGCGGAAGAUGAAAAUUUGAAAGCAACAACAUCCAAGAACAACCCAGCAAAAACCAAAACCAACCAAGUCGUAAUGGAAAUACAUAUUUAUAGCCCCCCCUUUUUAUCAAUGGGGCAGUCAGAAUAUCUUGAUGUGAGUUUCAAACAAAAACAGAAGAAAACAUAUUCCACUUUUUCUUAAAAAUGAAUUCAACUACAAAAUGUGCGAGUAUAUCAAAGAGAGCAAACUCAAAUUACAUACAGCAUGAAGCAUAUUUAAUCAAAUUUAUGAGAAUUAUAUUGAAUGAAAAUGAAAAUGAAAAAGAGUACGUCAAAGUACAAGUAUACAAUUACAUAUAAAACACAUAUACUAAAUAUAUAUAUAUAUUGAUGUGAACUUUCAGCGUUCUGAAUUAAAUAAAUGUUUAUAGGUGUAAAAAAAAAAACAAAUAAUUAUAUAUAUACAUAUAUGAUAAAUAAAAGAAAAUGGUAAUUAAAUAUACAUAGAAAGAAACUGUAAUUUCAAUAAACAUAAGGCCGAAGGUGAAGCGUUUUUAAGUUAAGUUUAACAAAUGAACAAGAACAAUUUAAAAAGCAAGCGAAAUAAAUUAGUGAAAUUUUAAGUGUGAACAAUAUACUUACAAGCACUCAAACAAGACAUAUAUAUAAAUGUAUAUUUAUCUACAACUAUUUGUAUAUCGAUGUAUGUACCAUGUGCCCCUUAUAAGACAAUCCCUUUGGAAGUGUUUACCUGUGCACUAAACUAACAAGCAAAUGUUUAGGAAAAUCAUAUAAAACUAGCAGCAAAACACCCACCACAAGAAAAACAAAACAAUUUUGCAUAUGCUAAGCAAAAAAAUACAUGGAAAACCUACCAAAAACAAAAAGCGAAUUUAACUUUAUACACAAAAGUUUAACUGCAUAGUCAAAAAGAAUAAAAAAAAAAACAAAAUCAACUUUCACUUGGUGUCCUUUAAAGUGCAAAAACUAAGAUUGCAACUAAACUAUAUGAACUAUUUUAUUUAUGGAAGAAAAAAAUAUAAAUGCAAAGUCACCAAAGACGCAUAAAAAAACACUAUAAAAAAAUAUUAAAAAUUGUAGAAAAAGGAAUAUAAAAAAAACGUAAUGGUAAAUGUUUGGAUGCAUUGUUGUUUUAAUGUCUCAAAUGUUAUACACACAUGAAUAUCAAAGCGAUUAGCAUCAAAUACUUUAUAUAAAUGUUUGUUUUCAAAUCAUAUUGAAUUUACUCAAAUACACACAUAUUAUAAUUGUAUUAUUAUGAUUAUUAUUAAAAAAAAAAACAGAAAAACUGAAAAACAAAAAAAAACAGAAAAACAAAUAGGCAGACAGACAGA